GCCCGCUGCGUCACGGUGACGUCGCGGCGUCGCUGGGAUGACGAUUUCACUGGUAGUGGUAGUCUAAUGUGCGGGCUCGUGCCGCCGUUUCACAUCUCCACGCAUCAGCCGUGCGUUUAAACCUUCCCAGCGCCGCCCCUCACGCAUGGAGUUGCGCACCGACACGGUCCUGGCGAGUCUGGAGAUGUCGGAGGUGAAAAGCGACGGCGGAUCGUCGGAGGGCGACGCGGAUUACGAGAGUUUGCCCGCUCACGCGUCCCUGUACACGCACAUGACAGCGGGCGCCGUGGCCGGAGUGCUGGAGCACACAGUCAUGUACCCCGUGGACUCGGUCAAGACACGUAUGCAGAGUUUACAGCCAGACCCAAAGGCUCAGUACCGCAGUGUGUACGGUGCACUGAAGAGGAUUGUGAGGACAGAGGGCCUCCUUCGGCCCUUGAGGGGCCUCAACAUCACUGUGCUGGGGGCCGGUCCCGCACACGCACUCUAUUUCGCCUGCUACGAGCGGAUCAAGCUCAGCCUUAGUGACGUCAUACAGAACGGAGGCAACAGUCACAUCGCUAACGGUGUGGCAGGAAGUGUUGCCACUGUCCUCCACGAUGCUAUCAUGAACCCAGCAGAAGUGGUGAAGCAGAGGAUGCAGAUGUAUAACUCUCCGUACCGCAGCCUGUAUGACUGCGUCCUGACGGUCAGUCGCAAGGAAGGCCUGGCCGCCUUCUACCGCAGCUACAGCACUCAGCUGACCAUGAACAUCCCCUUCCAGGCCGUCCACUUCAUCACUUACGAGUUCAUGCAGGAACAUUUUAACUCCCAGCGCCAGUACCGGCCCGAGACGCACAUCCUGUCCGGAGCGGCAGCCGGAGCAGUGUCUGCUGCUGUAACCACUCCGCUAGACGUGUGCAAGACACUGCUAAACACUCAGGAGAACGUGGCGCUCAGCUCCGCACAUGUUAGCGGACAUCUCUCUGGCAUGGUCAAUGCGCUCAGGACAGUGUACCGAUUGGGCGGCGUGCCGGCUUUCUUUAAAGGCAUCAGAGCACGGGUGAUUUAUCAGAUGCCGUCUACGGCCAUCGCCUGGUCUGUGUACGAGUUCUUCAAAUACUUUCUGACCCAACAGGAAACACACAUCCAGGAGCUGAGGAGAGAUGCUCACAAGGCCAGCACUACAUGAGUCCCGCUAGCACUGAAUCCGUUCAGCCCAUCCAAAGAGUGAGAGUGAGGAUCAACGGAAGACGCCUUCGGCUCAAAGGGGAAUGUAGACGCUCAUUUCUUAUGCAGUAGACAUCCCAGCAGCUUCUGUGUUUGUUGCUAACGUAUUAAUUUAUUGGAAGAUUUUAAUGUUGUUACAAGAAUGUAUGGAUGCUCCACAGUACAGAACGUUUCUUGUAAACAUGACGGAAACAGGAAGGUAAAGAUGAGUCGAUGUUU